CCAAUAAAUUUUACCUAAUUCAAUUCAACAUAAGUCAUGCGAUAAAAGCUCUUGUAAUUAAGGAUUUUUCAGUUGAGAAAUGAGAAUCUCGUCACCGACCCAGACCAGAAAGGAAUACCUCCCGUCGCUUAGUAGAGAUCAAAGAGAGAACACACGCCCACGCCAACAAACGACAAAAGAUGAGACGGUCGACGUUCUUGUCUUUUUCUGUCGUCCACCCGCUCCUUCUACUCCUCCUUCUACCACCGGCGGUUUCCUCUUCUUCUCCCUCGGAAUCUCUCUAUGCCAACUUCCUCAACUGCCUUGAGAACCGGACGCAGUCCCCCUCCUCCUCCUCCUCCUCCACGUACCAGUUCUCCCAGUCUCUUUUCUCCCAGUCCAACUCUUCCUACUCCGGCGCCCUCAAUUCCUACGUCCGCAACCGCCGCUUCAACACCUCCUCCACCCCUAAGCCCCUGCUCAUCCUCACCCCUUCACUGCAAUCCCACGUCUCCGCCGCCGUCCUCUGCUCCAAACACCUCGGCCUCCUCAUCAGAACCCGGAGCGGCGGCCACGACUACGAGGGCCUCUCCUAUGCCUCCUCGCGAUCUGACGACCCCUUCAUCGUCCUCGACACCUUCAACUUCCGGGCCAUCGACGUGGACGUCGCGGGAGAGUCGGCGUGGGUCGGAUCGGGCGCGACCGUCGGGGAGCUUUACUAUCGCAUUUGGGAGAAAAGCAGAGUCCAUGGCUUCCCUGCUGGCGUUUGCCCCACCGUCGGCAUCGGUGGGCACUUCAGCGGCGGGGGUUACGGGAAUAUGCUGCGGAAGUUCGGGCUAUCGGUGGAUAACAUAGUCGACGCCAAAAUUGUGGAUGUUGACGGGAGGGUUCUUGACAGGGCUUCCAUGGGGGAAGACCUCUUCUGGGCUAUUCGAGGAGGUGGCGGGGCGAGCUUCGGAGUGAUACUGGCUUACAGGAUCAAGCUAGUUCGUGUUCCAGAGACGGUUACCGUCUUUCGGGUGGAGAAGACUGUCGAACAUAAUGCGACUGAGAUGGUCUACCGGUGGCAGUACGUUGCCCCUGCGACAGAUAAUGGUCUCUUUAUGAGGCUCUUGUUACGGCCCAUCACCUUGGAGCCCCGAAAAGGAGAGAAAACUGUCAGGGCCUCUGUUUAUACCCUGUUUCUUGGGGAUGCGGAACGGCUCAUCUCGAUUAUGGCUAGAGACUUUCCUGAACUCGGUUUGAGUAAAGUGGACUGUAAAGAAAUGAGUUGGAUCGACUCGGUCCUCUGGUGGGGCAGAUUCGAGAACGGGACAGGACCGGAAGCCCUGCUCGACCGUAUGCCGGACUCAGUAAACUUCUUGAAGAGGAAAUCAGAUUAUGUGCGGGAGCCGAUCCCAAGGGAUGGCCUCGAUUCUCUCUGGGAUAAGAUGACCGAAUUGGGAAAGGCUGGGCUGGUAUUCAACCCAUAUGGGGGAGUAUUGAGUGAGAUCGCUUCCUCGGAAACUCCAUUUCCUCAUCGGGCUGGUAACCUGUUUAAGAUUCAGUAUUCGAUCAGCUGGAGCGAGGAAGGAACGGAAGCGGCGAAUGACUGCCUCUCCCAAAUGAGGAGUCUUUACAGCUUCAUGACUCCUUUCGUGUCGAAAGACCCGAGGAGGGCCUAUUUGAACUACAGGGACCUCGAUAUCGGGGUUGCUCGCAGCAGCGGGAAUAGCUACGGGGACGGGAGUGUCUACGGGGUCAAGUACUUUGUGGGAAACUUCGAGAGGCUUGUCAAUGUGAAGACUGCAGUGGACCCAGAGAAUUUCUUUCGGAACGAGCAAAGCAUACCUCCCCUUCCAAGCAAGUCGAGAACAGGAUCCACAUCGAGCAUGGCCCGACAUUCGACGCUGCCAAGAUCUAAUAUGAAACUGAUAGAGAGCGGCAUUCUCGUGUCUUUACUCAUUUGGGGAAACUUCUUUUUGUAAGUACAGUACUUCUAGGUGUAAAUGGAGCUGCUGUAAGUUUUUCAGGAGAAUCAUAUAUUUUUAUGGAUCGCUUUUCACUAAAUAGAUAAGCAAAAUACACGGGCUUUUCCUCACCAAGUUGUCGGGAUUUUCGAAGGGCUGGACUUGGUUUCCUUGGUAUAUAUAAUCAAUUUUACCACAGGAUGUUA